ACCAGAACUCCUUCCUUUGAAUCUCAUGACAUCAAAAGGCAAGUCACCAUUCAGCCAAAUUGGCGCCAACUGCCCUAGCCCACAAAAUGUCCUAAAGUCAGACACUGUGCUACUGUCCAUCCACGUAUGUUAUGGAAGAGAAUAUGUCCUUGCCGGCAUCCUGCUCAAUGUUCGUCCCCGUUUCGGUGCAAACAGCCCCUCUGCCGCGUCCCUCCCGCUGCCACCACUCGCACCACGGAACGUCAUCUCCGUCAUCCUACCCUCCACGGCCCACCAGUGCCUCCGGGAGUCGUUGUCGCCCUUGACAACGUACACGCCGGGGCUCACGGGCGGUCUGGAGCGAUAUGCUUCGACGUGGGAAAUUGUGGGUGGAAGGCUAUGAGGAGAGAGAAGGUGGUGCUCGUUGCUGAGCCGUGGCGGUCUUGUGCGGGCCGACAAAGGAUCGCUGUGUCGGCGCAAGGGGAUGGGCACUUCAAUGGGAGGUUGGACGUGGCCGUUGCUCGACAUGGGGAUAUUCUCCGGCUUCCCUUGAGUCUUGAGAACACAUCCACUGUGCUUUUUGUGAUGGGUAAUGCAUGGGGGUGGGAAAGUGUAUGGCAAUGGAGGCAUGGCCGUGAAAGGAUGACUUGGUGCCCACGUGGCAGUGACGAAAGGAAAGAAAGAAUAGACGUAACGGCCGGCGCUUGAAUGGCAGUAGCGUGGUGAAAGAGUUAAUUGGAGCCUCCUUAUAGGCUGCCACGACGUCUAGUGAACCUUGUCAUCGAGAGAU